AAAAGAAAAAAGAAGAACAAAACCCCAAAUAAAGAAAAGUUCAAAUUAGUAGAUGCAACGAUGCAGACGAUGUUUUGAUAACAACAACAAUGACAACUGUCGCAUCAAAGAGAAAACGGAAAAACCAUCACAUACUAACAGUGGCUGCGGUGCAACUGCAUCCACGAAGACACCAACAGCAGCAACAGCAGCAGCAGCAACAACAGCAACUGAAUCGAAAUCGAUGUGAAUUUGUAUCGUAAUCUCAAUGUUCGGAGUGCAAGUGCUGACAGCAAGUGCAUGAAAUCUGUAGAAUACGGUUACGAAUUUCAGCAGCAACACCUCGAUUUUCAUAUUUAUUAUUUUCGUUUUGCUUGCGUUGUUUUCGUUUUGCCCAACUCAGCCUCUCGUUGUGCCAAUUCAUAAUUUACACACACUCACGCCUUCACUUUUCCCCCCUGCUGAAACGUCCAACGAUUUACAAUUUGCUCUCAAAUUUCAACUUCGCUCCGCUGGCGUUUGUAAGCUUUCAAAGCUCCCGAUAACAAUAACACUGACUCGUUGUUAAUUAAGUGGCGAUAAGACGGCGAUCCUUACGGUUUUUGGCCCAGCUUGUCCCCGCUGUCACCGCCGAGAGUCGUGUGCGGGGCAUAAUAGCAGUAAUGCAGUAUAGGCCACCAUGGGUUCACAGACCUUGGAGAUACUGCGCCAGGGCGUGUGGGCCUCACUGACCGGCGGCUACUUUUACGAUCCGCAUCAGGGCGUCUUCUGCAAUGUGGUACACCUGUAUCUAUGGCUCUACCUGCUCUGUUCGCCCUUUGUCGCCUAUUUGUACUUUCCGAGCACAUGGCUGACCUGGUGCCUGUACUGUGUGCUGACCAGCAGCACUAUAUUGCUGGUCAAGCUGAGCAAUUUGGCGCUUCAUCGAUUGUACGAUCGGGCACAGACUAUGUCCGAGGUGAAUCUCAAGAGUCAGUUCUUCAAGGUCACCAAGGAAACAGCGUCGCACGGUCGCGACGAGGAGCUUGGCAUCGAGAUGAAAGUAAUGCGUGCCGCUGGCGGCGGCUCGCGUCUCUCCGAGGAGCAGGCUAUUAAUGAGGCCAGCGAGGAGAACAGCAUCAUGUCCAUUGACAAUGUAAACAGCAUUAUUGAUCUUAAAGUUGAUGUCCAUCGCAAGAACAGCUCCGAGUCCAUUGAGCUUAUGUUUUAUGCGCCCUCGAUGCUCUCCGCCGGCAGCCAACAGGAUCAGCAAUCUCUGGCUGGAUCUGCCAGCGUCAGCAAAUCCAUACGUUCCACCAUUGCCGCCGGCCAGAACAACAUGUCUGCCAAUGAGCUGUACAACAAGUACCUAACCGUCUAUCCUGAGGUAGUCGACGUGGUUGGCGGUGCCAGUAGAGCGGAGAGCGGCACCAUUAGCGGUCUCGAUAGCAGCAGCAGAUGCCAGCAGAUGUCAAGCACUUCGGGAGCCGGAACCAGCAGUGGCACAACGGCAGGUGCAACGCGUACGGGUCAUUUGUCACGCAAGUGUUCGGAGGUGUUCAGUAGACGGCAUCGACGCCGACUGGAGCGGCAGAGCAGCCUGGAUGCGGGCGGUGCUGCGGACUCGACAUUUAACGCCAAACUCAUGCGCAAUCAGUCGGAUACCAUUGCCACAACGACAACGGCGACGACGGCGGCGCCAAGCUUUCUGCACACGAAGGCGGUACGGCCGCAGGCCAAUGCUCGCCAGCAUUUCAUAGCCAGCGCUCAGGCGGGCGCCGGUUCGACUGCAGCCAGUGAAACUGCCACCACCUCCUCCUCAGCUGUCAUUGUUAUGGCCCAGCCAAAUACACGUUCCUCACGCCUGCAACGUCAUCGCAGUUCCGAAACGCACGACGAGCGAGUGAUGCAGAUGUGCCGCGCCGGCCUCCUUCAGUGCAUGCAACAGCAGCACCAUCAGCAUCAUCAUCUCCAGCAGCAGCCGCAUGGCCAGCAUCAAAAUGCCAGCAGCAUUGGCAGCGGCGUCAACGAUGUGGAGGACAUGGAACUGGGCAUGGGCCUCAACCGCAGCGCUGCCAAUGAUGCCUGCAAUCGUGCACUGCAAUCCUGGAUACUCGAUUCCUCAUCGGAUGUGUAUCUGGAGGAUGACAGUUAUACCAAAUCAGAUUUGGGCAUUGAGCAGCAGGCACCGUUUCGAGCCCAGCAUCACCAUCACCACCAUCAUCACCAGCUGCAUCACAAUCAUCUGCAUCCUCAUUUGGGUGGCGCAAUUGUACGCAAGGAUCCCAACAGCACAAUGUCCGCACUGCAGCUGUGCGCCUCCACCAGCUCCUGUACGGGUCGCGCCGAAUCCGGCCCGGCAACCGAGACGACCAGCGGCUGCCCAGGCAGCAGUCGCAACGGCACCACUGCCGCCAUGAAGCGACGACGACAUUCCAAUGCGACCAGCUAUCACAAGCACAGCAACGGCCAAGGCGUCUCCAAGUCAACGCUGCUGUCCAGCGGUCAACAUGGUAGUGGUGGUAAUGGUGGUGGUGGUGCUGGUGCUGCUAGCGGUGGCGGUGGUGUUCGUCGCAUCAAAAGCGCCGCUCUCGAGGUGCUCUGCCCGCAGCCGUCUGUAUCCAAUCUAAGCCCGCAUCCGAACAGCGUUGAGGCCAUCAGCGGACAGCAACAGAUGCGCAAUCCGCUGCCGCCGCCCAGCAAAAGUCUUGUGCGGAAUCAGCAUCUGAAUCUGUAUUCGCCACGAAUGGUCGAUCAGAACUACACGGAGAGCUCUGCUGGCGGUGGUGGUGGUGGUGGCAGCAGCUGCAGCAGCGUCAUUUUUGGCAGCUCAAGCGUCUGCGGCUCCACAACGGCGCUAAUCGAGCCGCCAGUCUAUCCUAUUGUGGAGCAUCUCGAUGAGAAGAACAGCGAACAGGAGUCGGCCAGCUGCAGCGUACAGCUGGAUGACACCGAUCAGAUCAAUGGCAAUCAAAACGUGGACGACGAUGAUGAACUGGACGAUGUGCCGCUGCGAAGGCGAACUCGUGCUCUGGGCUGCAGUCAGACUCACCACAGCGCCGAAUCGGAUGUGGGCGGCAUUUUGGCCGAUGAUGAUGACGAUGUCUUUAAGGAUUUCGAUGAUAACCUCGAGCACAUACUCAGCGAACUGCAGCAGACGCAUAGCCAAUUGGACGAUGUACUCAAAAGCCGUGAGAUGAGCAUGAGCACAGCCGCUGCACCAGGUACUGCUGCUAUUGCUGCUGCAGCAGCUGUCGCAGUAGCUGCCUCCGAUGAUGAGGAGACGGACAACAAUACGGGCUCACGUUCGCCGCUGCUCAGCAAUCGACAGCAGCAGCAGCAGAGCGCUCGCGAACUGGCUGCGGAGCAGGCGCUGCGCGAGGAACUGUCACAGCCAGCGCUGCAGCAACAGUUGCUACUCCAUCAUCAACAGCAGCAGCCAGCGGUGGCAGCGGCGGCGGCGGUGGCAGCUCAGAGUCGUAGUCAGUUGAUACGGAGCGAGGCGGAUUCGGGUUGUCCAUCCAGUGAUUGUGAGCAAAUAAGUGCCAGUUCCAAGGAUCAGCUGCUGGCCGGCAUGGAUCAACAGCCGGCCAACCAAUCGCAACAGCCGGACGAUGAGGAACAGCCGAGCACAUCGCGCAUGGCAGCCCGCAGUCUCGGCGCCAUACCCAAAGUGGUUAAGUAUCGCGAGGUGGACGAACUGCGUCGGCGGCGUCUUGCUGCCGACAGCAACAGCAGCACUCAAUUGGACAGCAGUAACAAUGAGCUGGCGCUGGUCAAACGGCAGCCGCAAACCAAGCUCGCCAUGCUGCCUGCGUCCGCCUCGCGCAACUCAUCCUCCUCAAAUUCGACGCACAGCAUCAGCCUGACCGAGAGCCUCACCGCGGACAUACACAAGAUGCUCUGGUUGAUGCAUGGCGGUGCCGUUGAUGAGCGCGGUCGACCCAUCGCUGGCAUACUGCCGGAUGGCACGCCGGUGCCGGCCAAUCCCAGCAUUGUGCCGCCGAACAUGUCCAGUGCGCAUUUCCAGUUCUAUCAGGACGCCAUACAGGCGCUGCAGGGCAGCUAUCCCGCCAGCAGUUCCGUGGAGCACAUGACGCACAUCGAGCGCGCCCUCGCUCGCGACAAACUGCACCUGGACGCCAAACUGGUGUGUGAGCAGUUGGCUAAUGCAGCGGCUGCUGCCGAGGCGGCUGCCACACAAUCGCACCAGGGUGUGCCGCAACCACCACUACCGCCAGCAGCCGCCGCCUCGCUGGGCAUGCUCAUGAGCAGCUCGGCGCGCGGCGGUGUCGGCAACCCAACUGCAACAGCAACUGCGGCCAGUGGAGCAUCAGGCGGUGUAUCAGCCGUAUCGGGAGCUGGCCAACGAUCGCUUCAUGGCAUGUUCAAUGUGCUGCGCAGCGAAUUGCAGGCGACCCGCAAUGAUGUGCUGCAACAGCAGCUGAAUGAUGCGGCGGCUGCAACGGCUAGCGGCACGGUUGCCAUCAAUGCCGAUGCCGCCGUUUCGGCGGCCAUUGCAGCGGCAGCGGCAAGCCGACAGCAGCAGCAGCAACACCAGCUCAGCCAGCCAAUGCUCAAUGUGGAUGGACACUUUGCGCCUUAUUGCGACUAUUGGCGACCCGCAUGCCUGCUGGCCGCCGAGAAGAAGGUGGCGCCAAAGAGUUUCUACAAGUAUCGAUUCAAAUGGUGCGGCCACGAGCAUGAGUACAAAAUAGCCAUGGAUCGUCUGGAGCUGUUGGCGCUCUUUGAUCGGGACCUGCACUGGCUGCAUGUGUUGCUGGCGAGUGUGCUUUGCACACUGGUUGCCAUAUUGGGCGCGGCGAUACUCCAACACAAUCACUACAAGGAUCUCUGUGUGCUGCUCUUCUGUGCGGUCAUUGCGGGUGCCCAAUACUCGCUGGUGAAGAGCGUUCAGCCGGAUGCCGCCUCGCCGGUGCAUGGCUUUAACAAAACGGUGGCAUAUUCCCGUGCCAUCUAUUUUUGUCUGUGCGGUGGCCUGCUGCUGCUGCUGAAGCGUCUCGAUGCGGAUUAUGCGGAACAGCCGCCGGCUGAGUUGGUUUUCUUUGGCAUGCACUAUUCACCGGCGCACGUGGUAUCGCUGCUGUUGCAGUCGCUGUAUGUCCUCCUCCUCUGUUUUCCCAUCAUCUUCUCGGUGGGCCUCUGCCCGCAGAUCAACACGUUUCUCAUGUACCUGCUCGAGCAGCUCGAUAUGCAUCUCUUUGGCGGCAAUGCAGCCAGCAGUCUCUUGGGCUCAUUUCUUUGCCUGGUGCGAUCGGUGCUGGCCGUGCUGCUGCUGUAUGGUCCGCUGUAUGCGGCGCUGGACGAGCAUCGGGGCACUCAGUAUAUACUCUUCUCAAUAUUCUGCGCAAUGCUGAUACCCCUGGGCUACCAUCUGUCGCGCUCCGCUAGCGAUUUCAGUCACCUAUGGCGCCUAAUCAAAACCUGCAUUGUGAGCACCUAUCGCGACGACGAGGACGAACCUAAUCAUGCGCACAGGUGCCACAAGGGUCACACACACCGGCAUAGCCAAGUGGGACAGGGGCAUGGCCAGGGACAGGGCCAGGGUCAGGGACAACAGCAGUUGAGCCGCAGCAAGAGGCAAUCGUCGGAGCAGACGUCGACAGCGCAACCAACGCCGGUGACAAGCAGGACACGUCAGCAAGAUCUGGUGUUGAGUUCAACGGCCAACAGCAAUGAGCACAUAGAACUUAGCUCUCUAGAAAAACUGGCCAUAAGCGAGGAACAAAAGCCGCCGCAGCAGCAUCACAACCACAACCACCAUCACCAUCACCAUCAAGAUAUCCAGCAAACUGAGGAGGAGCCAGAUGAGGAACCGGAAGCGGAGCAAGAAACACAGCUGGAAUAUCAGCUCGUUCACAAUAAGCACAGCAAAUCGAAGGCAUCCUCGCUGGGCAGCAGUCAAACGCUGGGCAAGACCCUAAGCAGCAGCAAACGUGCGAUUACCGCCUCCAGUUCCUUUGCCUCCAUUGGCGGCGAAGCUGGCGAGGAUGAACCGCACGCAGAGCUCUCCAGCAGUGAGCUGGCCAAGGUGACGACCAGUCAGGUGAACGUAUUCGAGGCAAGUGCAAAUGAAUCAAAGACUGCGCCCGAGCUGUUAGCCGGCGUCCAUGAUGUUCAGGAUGAUAAAAUCUCCAGUUCGUCAACCACAAAUCCUGGCGAUGUGUCUACGCUGACCGCUGGCGCCGGCACCGCCACAACGGACGUGGAUGCCGCACCCACUGAUGCCGAACCGGAUGCGGACAAUCGAACCGCAACACACUUGGACAACGCAAACGGCGAACCGGACAACGAGUUGCCCGAUCCGCUGCCGCGCAAGCUGCAGGCGACUGUGACGACACGUCUGAAAAACGAUCUCGUUGUGAUGACACUGCUCGCUGUCAGCGUCCUGGUCCUGCACUGCAGCACCGUCUUUACGGUCCUGCAACCGGAUCUGAAUGUGGUGCUAUAUGUGUUCAUCGGCACCCUCGGCCUGCUGCUCCACUAUGCGGUGCCCCAGAUGAGAAAGCACAUGCCCUGGCUCUGUUUCGCCCGACCGCUGCUGCGCCAAAAGGAAUUUGGCCAAUUCGAGGUGCUGAAUGCGCCCCAAAUAAUGUGGUUCGAGAAGUUCUACAUCUAUUUGAGUUUGCUCGAGCGGAAUGUGCUCUUCCCGUUGCUGGCCAUCUCAUCGCUGACCGCUGACUCGCAGCUGAUUGCUGAUAAGUUUGGAGUGCCUUGGGGCACUCUCAUCGUCGCCGUCUGUGCGCUCAAAUUUGUGCGCAAUGCGUAUUCGGAUCCAACGAAUCAAUAUCUGAUCAUUAUAUUUACCGUCCUUCUGUUUCGCGUUGACUUCGCAAUGGCAACGGAGAGCUUCAUCAUUGACUAUUUCUUCGUAUCGCUCGCAUUCCGCAAAUGCUGCGACUUUCUGCUUAAGUUGCAGUUCAUUGUGACGUACAUUGCACCGUGGCAGAUCACUUGGGGCUCUGCGUUCCAUGCAUUUGCCCAGCCCUUCAGUGUGCCGCACUCGGCGAUGCUGUUCCUGCAGGCGGGCAUCUCGGCUCUGCUAUCGACGCCACUCAAUCCAUUCCUGGGUAGCGCCAUCUUUCUCACCUCGUACGUGCGACCGGUGAAGUUUUGGGAACGGGACUACAACACGCGUCGCAUCGAUCACUCGAAUACGCGUCUCAGCUCACAGCUGGAACGCGACCUGGGCGCCGACGACAACAAUCUGAAUAGCAUAUUCUAUGAGCAUCUGACGCGCUCCCUGCAACAUUCGUUGUGCGGCGAUUUACUCAUGGGUCGUUGGGGCAAUGUCAACCAGGGCGACUGCUUCGUGCUCGCCUCGGAUGAUCUGAAUUGCCUGGUGCACAUCAUUGAGUUGGGCAACGGGCUGUGCACGUUCCAGAUGCGCGGCUUGGAGUUUCGAGGCACCUACUGCCAGCAACGUGAGGUGGAGGCCAUCACCGAGGAUGUGGAGGACAAUGAUGGCUGCUGUUGCUGUGAUCCCGGCCAUUUGCCGCGACUGCUCAGCGCCAAUGCAAUGUUCUCGACACGCUGGCUGGCAUGGCAGGUGGUUGCCGCCCAAUACGUCAUCGAGGGCUACUCCAUAUCCGAUAAUCUGGCCAGCGCCACCCUGCAGGUUUUCGAGUACCGCAAAGUGCUCAUCACAUACUAUAUAAAGAGCAUCAUAUAUUAUGUGGUCAAGAAUCCAAAGCUGGAGCAGUGGCUAGCCUCGGGACCCAUACAGGAGGCACUGCAGCAUACGCUGAACCGUCAAUUUGUUGAUCUCGAUCCCAUAUUUAAUUUCAAUCUGGAUGAGGAUUUCGAUUUUCGUGCCGUUGGCAUAACACGAUCCAGCUUCUGCUACGUGUACCUCAAGUGGAUCAACUAUUGUGUGGACAAGCGCAAGGAUGGGCAAAGCGCCAAGGAGCCACCGCCACCAGCGACAGCAGCAGCAGCAGCAGCUUCAGCAACAGGCACAACAGGAGCAACAGCGACACCCGCCACAUCCAAUUCGGCUGCAGUGCCCACUGCGGUCAACUCAACCACAACAGGAGCGGCAAGCAAUGGCCAUAGCAUUGUCGGUGCAGCAGCAGCCAUCGGUGGCAGCAGCAGCACCACGACCACCCCAGCUGCCGCGCAGACCAGCAGCACGAACACGACUACGGCGAAUAAUACGCCAGCUCACAAUGACUCGAAGAGCACACCAAAUCUGUCGUCGCAUGGCGGCAGCAGCGCCCCGCAAUCCAAGUCGCAAUCGCAGCAACAGCUGCGCAGUGUGCGGCCCCAGAAGAGCGCCACGAUGAGCGGCAGUGGCUGCGUCGGCACGGUGCCAGGUGUCGGUGGCGUUCAGGACGGUGGCAGCAGUGUGCUGGGCGGCGUCGAUCAGCUGAGCAGCUCGCACAGCUUUGCCAACAUAUCGCGUCAGACGUCGGAGAGUGCACCCGGUCUGGGCAACUAUGUGACCUACAUGGAUCAGAAUGUCUUUGUCAAGCUGUCCAAGCCGGUGCCGGGCAAAGCGCUGCGCAAAGAGGACUCGCCACGGACGCAGCCCACAGUUAAUCAGCAGGAGGGCAAUCCGGGCAACAACAUGUUGCCGCCAACGCUGCCGACGUCACUGCAAAAUGCUCAGCGACCGGCGCUCAAGCUGAAAGUGGCAAGCGUUGCCAAGGAUGCGCCGCUGGUGUCGCUGUGCCUGGCGCUGGGUCUGCUCGCGCGUCGCUCGCUGGCCACCGCCUCGCAUAGUUCGCUGACGGGCGUGGAGUACUUCCUCCAUGGCCUGCAUGCGCUGUUUAAGGGCGAUUUUCGGAUAACGUCGCCGCGCGAUGAGUGGGUCUUUGCGGACAUGGAGCUGCUGCAUUCGGUGGUGGCGCCAGCUGUUAAAAUGGCACUCAAAUUGCAACAGGAUCACAUUACGAAUCCGGAUGAGUUUCUCGAUCCGCACGCUCUCUAUGAGGCGAUCGAUAGCUGCUCCAAGGAGCUGGUCAUCUCCCAUGAGGCGGAUCCCGUUUGGCGCAGCGCCGUCUUACGCGGUGCGCCCAAUUUGCUUGCGCUGCGCCACGUCAUGGAGGAUGGCUCCGAUGAGUAUCGCAUCAUAAGGCUGACGAAGCGUUUCCUCAGCUUUCGCGUCAUCAAACUGAAUCGGGAAUGCGUGCGCGGUCUGUGGGCCGGCCAGCAGCAGGAGCUCAUCUAUCUGCGCAAUCGCAAUCCGGAGCGGGGCAGCAUACAGAAUGCCAAGCAGGCGCUGCGCAACAUCAUCAAUUCCAGCUGCGAUCAGCCGAUUGGUUAUCCCAUUUAUGUUUCACCGUUGACCACAUCGUAUGCGGACACCAAUUCCCAGUUGUGUCAGGUCAUUGGCGGCGCCAUUACUCUGGACACGAUUCGGCAGACGGUGCUCGAUUGGUGGCAUCGCAUACGAGAGCGUUGCCGCCAGGGCUGCAGUUCCGGCUCCGCCAUGGAGGCAUCCAUACAGCUGGGCACCUGCAAUUUUGGCAGCGGCGGCAGCGUCAUUGGCACCGCCACUGGAUCCACAGCUGGUACGGCACCCGGUGCCGGCACAGUUGUCUCUGCCGGCAUUACUGGCGCCGGUGCGGGCAGUGCGCCGGGCACCGCCAGCAGCACUGGCGGCGAAUCAACGGAUCUGGCGCCAGUGUUCAUCUCGGCGCCGCUCUACAACACGCUCACCGUCAACAGCUACUACGGCGUUCGGUCCGCCAAUGUGCCGGGUAUGAGCGGCAUGGCGGGCAGCCUGGGUGGCAGCUAUGUCAGCGAUACACUGGCGGUGGUGCGCGGUGGUUUGGCCGUAAUGCCCGUUAAGCCCACCUCGACAACACUCAUCGCCGGCCUCUUGAAUCGCGAACGGGAUCAGGAGGCCGCUUCGGGCUCCACGUUGCGCGCCAGCAGCAGUGGGCAGCGUGCCAGAAGCGGUGGUCAGUUACAGGCCAGCGCCAGACGGGCCACGUUGCCCAUUGCCAGCGGUGGCGUCGAAUCGCUGCCCUCCAAGGAUCCAAUCAAUGCACGCCCCGAACUGGCCGAGAACGAACCAAGUCCACGCUCCAACAAGCUGUCCUCCUCAUCGGGUAGCCUGGGUGUCGGAAUGGGCGUUGGCACCAUUAUAACCACGCCCGGUGACUAUCCCCGCAAGACCAAAGGACCCAUCUGUCUCAUGGCCAACGAGACGGCGCCGGGCAGCACAUCUGGUGCACUACUCACAACGGUCGCAUCGACGUCAACAACAGUAGCAGUUGGAACGCCACGCAAACCACGCAUUGACAUCUACAGGAAGGUGAUCAUUGUGGAUGAUUCUGGGAUCUAUGACUGUCUGGACAUCAUCGAUGCUGUCAUGUGGCCAACGGAACAUAUGCGCGCCAAUGGCGGUCGGCUGAGCUGGAAGGAUUGGGAGCCGACCGCCGGCAUGGUUGGGCAUGUGAUGCACGUAUGGAUACCCAAUCACAAGGAUUUGCUCUUUCGCUCCCACGUCAAUCACUGCGUCUAUCUCAUCGAGAUUGGCGAGCACUAUGUGCCCGUCGAGGAGCCCGGUUUGCGUGAGUAUAAUCAAAUAAUGACCAGCAGCAACGAGGAGCUGGCCAAUUCGCGACGCAGCUCGAUGCAGCGCGACUACGAGUACAGCAUGCAGCUAAAACUGGCCAGAGUCACGCCCAUUAUGGGCGGGCCCAGUGGCAGCAAAGCGCACAGGCCGAAAAUGCGAGCCGUGAGCAGCAGCAGCUCCGAGGAUGACGAUGUGGCAUCGAAUAUGGCUGCUAAUCCCAAUGCCAAUGCCGUUGCGGACGCUGCAGUGGUACGGCAUCCGGGUGCUGUGCCACCCGGCAUCGAUCUGAUGAGCUUCAACACGCUGCUCAGCAUGUGGAAACUGAUUGCGGACAAGAAGAAGCAGGUGAACAAUAUCGACACGUCGGAAUCGUUUGCCACGUUCGAUUAUACGGGUGAGAUGCCACCAGAGCUGUUCCUGCAGCUGCAGGAGAAUAUGGUGCAGCUGGCGCUGCUCGAGGAGCAGCACGGGGAUGAGCUGCGCAAGCAACGGCACAAAAUGGAGCAGGUGACGCCACCCUGCGAGCCCAUCACGCCGCCCUGCACAGUCGAGAAGCUAUCGCCAGUGGCAAGUGGUGCGAACACACCGACACCCGCACCCAGAGACAAGCCACAAGCGACAAGAGCAACUUCGCCGCUGGCCACAGACGUGGGGGAGCUGCAGACGCAACCUGUGCCGCUGGCCGAGAAGGAUGACGCGGAAGGAGCGAAGGAGCAGCAACAGAAUACAGAAACAACGAAACCGCCUGAAAUCGAAGAAGAAGAAGAAAACGACGACGAAGAUGAAGACAAAGAGGAGCAGCAACAGGACAAAAGUUCACAUGAUGACAAUGAAAGCGAUGAGAAUGGGACAACAGUUUAAAGCUGUUUAUAUCAUAUAUAUACAUAUAUAUAUAUAUAUAUAUAUAACCAUGAUAUAUUAUAGCCCAGCGUUAGAACCCAACUAAAACGAAUUCGGAUCUAAGAAAACCGCAACAAACAACAAACCACAAACCACAAACAACAACAAAAUACUUCCAAGUAAUCAAUGCAGUGUUUUUAAAACGACUGCGUCUAGUUUGUACAGCAAAAUGGAUUAUUGUAAAUACUAAAGAAAUGUAUUUGUAUAACUAAACAUGCAUACAAUAUGCCACACAUAUAUACAUAUAUAAUACCGAUUAUGGCUAGCUGUAGAUUUGUUAUAUUGUCGCGUGUGUAUAUAGAAACCGAGAAAUCAGUAAAGAAAAGAAGAUCAUGAAACGGUUGGAUUAGCUUUUUCACUAAAAUCGUAGUAUAGUUGAAAACCUAUAAUAAAAUAUAUAU